UGUUGGAAAACACGCGGUUCUCCUCCGCUGCUGCGAAAAGCCUGUCUCCGAUCUGCUCGGGGAAGCCCACCAGCGAGUCCACAUGGUGGAUGUUGUCCGCCACGAACAGCAGAGUGAGGUCGAAGAGGGACUUGGUGCUGUACCGCAGACUUCCCUCUGCGUUGUAGCGACUCGAACUUCCUGGCCCACGCGACGCGAGCAUAUCCUGAGAGAAGGGAUAUGAUUUUCACGAGUUGUGGGAUAUAAUUUGGUUUCUUGGAUUAAGUUGUUGACAUUCGUGCAACACUUAUUUACCGUCGACUUCCUGAGUGGCGAACUUCCGCUUCGUGAGGGUCAAUCCGUAUAAAUGGCGUCAGCAAAUGAUCCGUUUCAAUUUCAGGAAUUUGAAGAAGCUGGCAAUCUGUUAGAAGCCAACAGAGAUGCAACCACCAUAAGCAUCGAAGACGAAGAUGUCAAACCCGAGAAGCAAAGAAGAGCCGCUGGUUUAAAUCCUGCUGCUGGUGGUGGUGAUGAUGAGGAUGCUGGUGACUAUGACGACAAGACCGAGCUUCUCUCUGGGCAACAGAAAAGUCCCCCUUUCUGGACGUUUGAGUACUACCAGCAAUUCUUUGACAUCGAGACUCAUCACGUGAAGGAGAGAAUCAUCGGAUCAGUGCUGCCAUGGCCUGGAAAGAACUUCAUUCAGGUCUACCUUCGUCGGAAUCCAGAUCUUUACGGACCAUUCUGGAUUUGCACUACCCUUGUGUUUGCCAUUGCCAUCAGUGGAAAUAUAUCCAACUUUCUGGUGCACUUAGGCAAACCAAACUACAAGUAUACUCCAGAGUUUCAAAAAGUGACCAUAGCUGCAACGGCGAUCUUCAGCUAUGCCUGGCUGGUGCCUUUUGCCCUCUGGGGUGUCCUGCUAUGGAGAAACAACAAAACCAUGAACCUGGUGUCAUACUCCUUUAUGGAGAUAAUCUGUGUGUACGGCUAUUCACUUUCCAUUUACAUACCUGCAGUGGUCUUAUGGAUUUUCCCAUUUGAGUGGCUGAGGUGGUGCUCCAUCGUGGUGGCUCUUUGCCUCUCUGGCUCAGUGCUGGUGAUGACUUUUUGGCCUGCCGUCAGGGACGACCACCCCAAAGUCAUCGUAGCGAUCAUGUCCGCCGUUGUGUUGUUCAACAUCCUGCUUGCUGUUGGUUGUAAGACCUAUUUUUUCAGUAAACCAGAACCUGCACUGCCUGCUAACAACUCUUCUGUCGCAGUGGUGAUCAAGACAACGUCUACGACAUGAAGGCCUUUCAUUGUGUGAAGGUUCUCCUGUUACCUUAUUAGUGCGAAUCGGGUUGCCGGGGCAAUGAAGUCAUGGGUCGUCUGGAUUUCACCUGACUGGGACAUUCAGACUCAAGACCUUAAAACCCUGUGUGUGUUUACUUGGUUCAACUGCUUGACCUCUGAAAAUUAACACUGCUUCCAAGUAUGGUAUUUCUUUUGGGAUGGCUUCUACAUAUCUUUAAAGAUAAAUGGGGUAUGGUUUUAGACCACACACGGUCACUUUUAGUACGGUAAAAAUGCAUUUUCUAUAAUGACGAUAAGCAAGUAUAUAUAUUUGUACAGAAUUUUCUGUGAAACUACAAUUAAAGGUGUUUUCAAGGGUUGGACUAACAAUGUAUAGAGUUAUUGUUUUCUCUAACUGAUAUAACCAUGAGUGGCCUCAACUAAUGCCAAAGACUCAUGUAACUAUUUUCAUAAUUCAUUUGUUUUUUAUUAUGACAGGCUGCAUGUGAUCAAAUGUACGAAUGUAAAUGUCUGUUUCAUGGGGGUUAAAAAUAAAAUAUGGACUUAUUGGACACAA